UAAUUGCCUCAAGAAUUGAGAAUUCACAAAGGUGCCUUCAUCCCCUUCUCCCUCUCUCUCUCCCAGCCAUAUAAUUAAUACAAGCCCAGAUCCACUAGGAUCUGAUCAUGGACCCCUCCGGCUUUCCCACCGGCGGGAAUCCACCUCCACCGCCAGGACGGUCAAGGCCACCGCAGCCACCACAUCUGCAACCGUCAAGUUCACCAUCACCAUCACCACCAAAAAAACAGAUCCAAAUCCAAGGCCCUCGUCCUACGGCACUUAAAGUCCAUCAAGCCUCUCACAAAAUCAAGAAACCACCACUUCCUCCACAGCAGCAGCCGGUGAUCAUCUAUGCAGUCUCCCCAAAAAUCAUCCACACCGAGGUUUCAGACUUCAUGGCUGUGGUCCAGCGCCUAACGGGACUCUCCUCUGGAGACUUCUCAGGCGACGGAGAAGUAUCACCAGAAGCAAGAUUAGCUGCAACCGAGAAGGCAAGUCCAAGGGAUAGAAGCAGUGCUAGCAUUGAAGAAGGAGAUAAUCUCAUGGGCAUGUUAGAGGGAGUGGAGAUAAGUCAGAUUCCGGGGAUCCUAUCACCAGCACCAGGGAUGUUACCUCCGGUGCCAUCUGGGUUUUUCUCGCCGGUAACAGACCCAAAAUUCUUUUAUGAUAUAAACAGUCCAUUUGGAAGCAGUAGUUUUGUGGCGAGUCCUUCAACUUUGUUAUCAGCUCCUAUAUUUUCUCCAUUACCUUCACCAGAUAUCUUCAACCUGCUCAUGGAUUUUGAGGAGGAGAAGAGGGGGGAGGGGGUGGAGGAGGUGGAGGAGUGAUUGAUGGUGGUGGUGAUCGGUUGUGUUCUCCGUAUUGACUGAGAAAGUAGUGGUUGAUUAUUUAAGUUGACUGACCUUUGUUUGAAGUGUAUGAGAAGAAAAGUCGAAAAAUUUAUUUUGUAGAUUUUUGUAAUUUUGAGACUAAUGGUAAUUGUCAUUUUUGUAGAAUUUAAUUAAUUAAUUAUUUAUUUAUUUAUUUAUAGAGGGUUAGUGUAUUUAAUGGGUU